AUGAAGGCGGCGACCAGGGUGCUGGACAAGGAGGCCAAUCGCCUGGUCCAGAAAUGCCGGAAUGAUCCUAAGCUCAAUGAACGGCGGGACCUGUUGGCCCUCUUUAUCCAGGCAAAGUUUAGCACAGACUUUGUAAAGCAGAUGGUGCUUCAUCUCAUCAUCGCUGGCAGAGACACUACGGCCUGCUUAUUGUCCUGGAUGUUCUACGAGCUCACACGGAACCAAGACAUACAGGCAAAGCUUCAUGAGGAGAUCAUGCAGAAGCUGCCGCCAGGCAAAGUGCUGGACAUGAAGAGUUUGUCUGCAAGCGAGCUGCCUUACCUGCAUGGUGUGAUCUACGAAACCUUGCGCUUGUGGCCUCCGGUUCCCUUUGAUCCGAAGAUGGCAUUUGAGGAUGAUGUUCUUCCUGGGGGGUGGAAAGUGCCUGCUAUGGCGCAGGUGGCGUAUUCCCCGUACAACAUGGGCCGUGAUGCAAAGAGGUAUCCAGAGCCCGAG